AUAUUGACUUUAAAGCUACAGAUUAUAUAAAGAAAGCCACUGCGCCUUAAUCCACAGUUCACAAAGAAAUGAAGUCUGCUUCUACAUUUACGGUGUGCUUCAUAGCGACAGCGCUGUGCUUGGUGGCAGCUCAGCAAUAUGUCCCUAUUCCCAUUUACAUUCCUACUAUUGUGGUGAAUCAGACUGUUCCAGCCAAUCAAAGUCAGUAUAAUGGCACUGGAUAUCGGCCACCAGGUGCCUAUUCUCCCUAUCCAGGCAAUCAAUUCUCCAACUACACCCAGUAUAAUCGCUCCUCUAACAGCUCGUACAAUGGAACCCUGGAUGGGCACCUGUUUGCUGGACAGGUUCAACUGUAUGAUCGAUUGCUUUUUAACCAGGUGUACGUGAAGGAAAAGCGUUGGUGGACAUACAGGGAAAAGAUCAUCGAAUAUCCAUCGGCACUGCCUGCUGGAUACACCCGACACGAAACUAUUUCGGCGAUUCGCAUCUACAAUCAGUUUCUGGAUGGAAAUUCGGCUCGAGCCACAAUUUUGAAAGGCGGCACUGGUUAUCAGUAUGUGAAAAUUCGUCUGGAAUCUAAAUACAACAAAGGCUUCAAAUACUUAGUCCAGAUCUAUGGACACUAAGUUGGCAGCAAUUAAUCAAUGUAUAUCAGUGUUUGACUUUGGUAAUAGUAGAUAAGUGUAGCCAGUUAAUAAAUCGUUUAUUCCGCUGGCUUGUUAGGCACGAUAGAAUGUAACUGAUAAUAUUUAUAUCCGCUGCAAACGGUUUUUAAUGUAAUUGAUGUAGUAACAAUUACUGUUCCAGGAAAUGCUGUUGAAUAUGUUUAGCAUUUCUGGCUUGAAUAAACUGAUGCAUUCUA